UCAGUCUGAGCUGGACUGCGAGACUAUUACAACCCCGCGCGCCACCUGAACGUGCAAUUACGCAAUACAUCCCACUGCAAGCGCACCUGAGUGUGUGCCCCACCCCCGGCCUAGUCACCGCGACGUCCAGUAGAGUGCAGAACGGACAAGGAGACGUCGUCCUAGUAGGAAACCAGCCGCGUUUCUGUUCGCGCGUAUAUUUUCUUUGCGGACGCAGACACAUACAUCAGUUAUACUAUAUAUUUUAUUUUUUUGGAUUUUUUACGCGCGCUGCUGUGUAUGUGCUGGUCUCGAAGUGGUAAGACCAUCGUGAAUCGUGGAGGCGUCUUUUAACACGUCCAAGAGAGGUCGGCACCCUCUGGGAGACAGUGUGUCCCCUCUACCUGCUGCCACACCGCCGUCUCUGAAGAGGGCUCGACACGAGUCUGCCGGUUCUUCUACGCCACCUGAUCAGGAAAUGGAAGCACCCUUAGGAGUCACCCUCAGUCAGAGUAUGGAUUCCGUUAAUACGAAUAAUGGGGAGGAAGAGGUACGGACGUUAUUCGUCAGUGGAUUACCUAUGGACGCCAAACCAAGAGAGUUAUAUUUAUUAUUUCGGGCUUAUGAGGGUUACGAGGGUUCUUUGCUCAAAGUAACGAGUAAAAAUGGUAAAACAGCAUCGCCGGUGGGCUUUGUAACGUUCCACACGAGAGCCGGAGCAGAAGCGGCAAAACAAGACCUGCAGCAGGGUGUACGGUUUGACCCCGACAUGCCACAGACCAUCCGACUGGAGUUUGCUAAAAGUAACACGAAGGUUAGCAAGCCUAAACAGCAAGCUGCUAGCGCCGCCAACACGCACCCAACUCUGAUGCACCCCCUCACAGGACAUCUUGGCACGCCGUUUUUUCCUGGAGCUCCCGAGCUAUGGCACCAUCCUCUGGCCUAUUCUGCCACAGAACUACCCGGGACCCUACAACAUGCGACGUUAGUGCAUCCGGCCCUGCAUCCUCAGGUUCCACAUUCUAUGUCUUUGCCGCCACCUACAGCAUUGACUUCCGUGCAUGCGUCAUUGCCACACUUUUUACCAAGUCCUGCCUUGGCUUCUCCCGUGGGAUCUUCAUCGUCCCAGCCUGGAAUGGGAGUAAGCAAUCCACCUUGUUCAACGCUCUUCGUGGCGAACCUAGGCCAGUUCGUUUCGGAGCAUGAACUGAAGGAGAUCUUCGCAAGCUUCCCUGGCUUCUGUCGCCUUCGCAUGCACAGCAAGGGGGAUUACCCGGUCGUCUUCAUGGAAUACCAAGACGUGCACUACGCCUCCACGGUCAUGGCCGCCCUUCAGGGCAGCUUUCUGCUGUCUUCAGACCGCGGCCCCAUUCGAAUCGAGUACGCCAAAUCUCGCAUGGCUGGAGAGGGAACAACAAAGGGAGAAGAAGAUGGACAAUCUUAAUACAUACAUGCAACUAAGCACCUGACAGCGAACUCUGAUUGUGGCUGGACAUACCGGUUGAGUUUUUUGGGCCAGAAAUUCAACCUUUCGAUGUACUUAUCUUUACAAUUAACUCUUAAACGUACUAUUAAUGUUCUUCAAAUUUCUCGAACAGCAAUUGCAUUUGCCUAAUGAUAAGAACCAAUUCAAUGAAACCUCCUGAUCCUUCUGUGACGUUACCUGAAUAUUAGAGAAUAUCGUGAAGGGUUUUCUGGAAUUGAAACGAGCAUUUUGGAUAUUUAUGUUAAGCUCACUUUUAUCAAACUAAUGUACUUUUGCUGGGUUACAUCCCUUAGAUAUUUACGAAGAUGAUGGAUUAGAAACAAACCAAAGGUGCCCUAACUUAAGUUAUAGAUUGUAAUUAAUAUUGUACCCUAUUUGAGUAGUAUUAUUUGUGUAUGUAUUUGUUUUUUGACAUUCCUAGUAUUUCUGGAAUAUCGUUGAUUUGUAUUAGUAAUAUUUUGUGGUGGAGAUUUUUUCCUUAUACGAAUCAAUUGUGUGAAUUAAGUGAAUUCAUGUAGAAAUACGUCAAUUUUCGGUGACCCUGAGAGACUUAGCAAAAUAUUACUAAUCCGGUUAGUUCUAGAAAGAAUGUUAUAUGGUUAUCUAGUUAUUGAUAAGACAUAGCUAAUAAGCUUUGCGAACAGUGAAAUUGAAUUUUAUUAGAAGAAAUAUUUAUAAUGAAAGUAUUAUCGAAAAAUCUUUCUAAAACAUAUACAAAUCAUGAAACGAAAUUAACAUGGAAGAUUCAUUUAAUUUCAGUAUGAGCUUCAGCUUGACUUGAAAUCUCUGCAAUUGUUGAAACGCAAUAUUGUAUAUUACAUGAAAAAUGGAUUAUCUAGGGUAAGUCGCAUAUACCAUUUGUUUUUUUCUGACAUUCUUUCUUUGUUCUAGAAGAAUCUUAGACUUAGGCAUCCAAAGUUAUUUACAAAGUACAACUGCAAGGUUUUUCGAAAUAUUCAUUUCGCGCAUUCAAAAUUAUACCGUUCGAUUUUGUGGGGUCCCAAACCAAAUAUCUUUCAACACAUCUCCACAAGAUGAUUUGUGAUAAUCUCACUGUUUUGUUCUCCUAAACCAGUGGCGUAUCCAGGAAUUGUUUAGGUGAACUAUAAACUAAAAAAAAAUGUGGUGACUGAAUUUGACAGAAAAAUUUACAGAUAUGGAUUUAUUUAAAAUUUUUGUGAAAGCAUUGUUCAAUUUAUUUUCAAAACAAAUGUUUAGAGUUGAAAAUUCCCUGGGUGCGGCCCUGGCAUGAACCAUGCGUUGAUAUAACUCGGCGAAGAUUUUUUCGAAAUAAUUUACUAUUAUACAUUAUGUACCGAUAUUGAAAAUCAGCGAUAUUUAUUCACAAUGGAUAAAAUAACUUAAUCUGAAAGAAAAAUAUGAAAUUAAGAGAUACAUAAUAAUAUAUACAUAUCGGUUGCGAAUAGCAAAAUAUUCUUUUGAUAAAUUUAUUCUAAAUAAAUUCGCAAUGAAUCUAUCUAAUAUAGGUACAUAAGUUAUUCACCAAAGGUUAAUUUUAAGUCAUUUCUGCUUAUGCGAGAAGAAUGUAC